AUGACAAGACAAGUGCAGUCAAUUGAGAAUUCUAUAUUUGAAAACACAUCCAGCGCUAAACGUAUUAUUCGAGUCAUAGCCUACUGCAAACGUUUUUUAUACAAUUGUAAGCACAAAACUCAGCACAAGAUCAAUUUCCUUAAUGCCGAAGAAUUAAAAGAGUCAUUAUACACACUUGUAAAACUAGCUCAGCGGGAAUGCUUUCCAGACGAAGUACGAAAAAGAGAAACAUGUGUCUCAUCCAAUAAAUUGAUUUCCCUACAUCCCUUUGUUGACAAAGACGGUCUAUUACGGGUGGGGGGAAGGUUAGGUAAUUCAGAAUUUUCAAAUGAUAAAAAACAUCCCAUCGUUCUGUCAGCCAAGCAUCGAUUUACGAAAUUGCUUCUCAUAGAUGAGCAUGUGCGAUUGCUGCAUGCAGCCCCACAAGCAUUAUUAGCCUCAAUACGUGAAAAAUUUUGGAUAAUUGGAGGCCGAAAUCUUACAAAAAAGGUUGUCCACGACUGCAUAAAAUGCUUUAAAAACAAACCGCAAUUGACACGGGCAUUGAUGGGCGAGUUACCGAAGGCGCGUGUGUCAAUGACCAGCCCCUUCCAUGCAACGGGCGUGGAUUACGGUGGUCCAUUUUUGAUUAAAGACAGAAAGGGCAGAGGUAGCAAAACGAGCAAAUGCUACGUAGGCUUGUUCGUCUGUUUCGCCACGAAGGCGAUACAUUUAGAGCUGAUCUCUGACAUGACGUCGGAAUCGUUCAUUGCGGCUCUCAGACGUUUCGUUUCUAGAAGGGGCAAACCUGCCUACAUAUAUUCAGACAACGGAACAAACUUCAUCGGUGCCAAUCGUGAGCUAAAUGAGUUAGCGCAGUUCUUAAUGAAAGAACAAAAUAAUCUUAGUGAAUCCAUUAAUGACGUAGGCAUUAAUUGGCGUUUUAUACCGGCAUACUCCCCUCACUUCGGGGGACUAUGGGAAGCAGGUAUAAAAUCUGCGAAGCACCAUCUAAGGCGUGUUGCAGGUAACUCAGCUUUAACGUUUGAAGAAUUCUAUACAUUACUCACGCAGAUAGAGGCGAUACUAAACUCGCGCCCACUAACACCCGUGUCCUCCGAUCCAAACGAUCUCAUUCCACUUACUCCUGCUCACUUUCUAAUUGGUAAGACUUUGACUGCGGUGGCUGACCCUGAUCUCACACAUUUGCCAGAAUCUCGAUUGUCCAGGUGGCAGCUUAUUCAAGGACUGCAGCAGCAUUUUUGGAAAAGAUGGAGCAAGGAGUACAUAGGAGAGCUUCAACAACGCACCAAAUGGAGGAAACCAUUCAAACCAUUGCAUGAAGGAACCAUGGUCCUUAUCAAAGAGGAUAAUCUGCCAACAUUCAAGUGGAAGCUAGGACGCAUACUUUCCGUUCAUCCUGGUCGGGACCAAAUUGUCCGGGUGGCCACCGUGAAAACGUCUACAGGCAUCGUGCGCAUCACCAUCGCGAAACUUUGUCCGUUACCCAUAGAAGAUUGUUAA